ACUAUUCAAAUGGGGAAGAAGAAAAAUGAGCAAGAAGUAAAAGUUUUCGUUGCAGAAUUCAAAGUCACAAUGCACUGCAAUGCGUGUGAAAGAAUAGUUUCCAAAACCCUGUUGAAGAUCAAAGGGGUGGAGAGGAUCGCAACAGACAUGAACACUCACAAGGUUGUGGUAACAGGAAAGACCGACCCAGAAAAGAUUUUGAAGAAACUGUAGAAAAAGAUUAAGAAGAAAGUAGAGAUAAUUGAUGACAAAGAAAAAGACUCAAAAGAUGUUGAUGAAGGAAACUUAUCGAGACCAUUGAUUAUUCAUCCACUUAUGUUUGAUUGCUGCAAAGAAUGUGAACAAUUCCCUAUGAUGUUUAGUGAUGAGAAUCCAAAUGCUUGA